CCACUACCAGUUGUAGCUUACUGGUAAAAAGUUGCUUCCAUGAAUUUCUUCAGACGUUCUUCAGUUAAAAAGGUACAGGAGGAACUGUUUUAUUGUGUGCUUGGUAUUGAAGCCAGAGUUAAGAUUAAACAGUACCUCAGCACGGUUAGAGGACGGCUGAUGGCGGGGGAAAUGUUACUUACACGUGAGGAAAUAGACGAGUUGAAGCAGACUUUUAUAGCAAUGGACGAUAAUGGGGAUGGAAUGCUGGACAAUGAGGAGUUGGCUGUCCUCUUUGACAGUCUGAAUAUAGCGUGUGCAGAUGAUGAUAUCAAGGCUUUCUUCUCACUGGUAGACGUUGAUGAUGACGGUACAGUCGACUACGAUGAAUUCAUGACGAUGGUGGAACAUAUGAUGGAACUGGCUACAGCAGGGCACAGCUACGUGGACAUGUUUAGAAUGUUGGACAGGGAACAGAGAGGUUUCGUUUCCAUCGGAGAGCUCUUACAAUCUCUCCAGAAUAACGAGGUAGGCAUAUCACUGGAUGACGUGAGAACCAUCUUGGAUUACGACUGUUACGUUCCCGGGGAUAAGAACAGGAUCUCCUUCACCAGUUUCAGACGUAUUGUCAUGAACGAGCUGAUCCCAGAGUGCGACCUGUUGAUUGGAGAUGUGGAGAUUGACCAGCUGCUCUCUGAUUCUGGCCAGGAUGAUUCCAUGAUAAGGAUGAUAAGAGCGGAGCGGGCUGAGGCUAAACGUUUGAGCAAGUUGGCUAAGUUGGCUAAGUUGGGUGUUGGUGAUGAAGGGGAAGAUCUGGCCAAGCAGGAAGGAACUGAGCUGGACUUGAAAAUGGUAGUUGGACUUCUAGUGGAAACUGCCAGUGAACUAGGUAAAGUGUCAUCUGGUGACGUUGGUGGGUUAGCUAGGCAUGAGGGGGCGACUAUGGAGGAAGUUGAAAUAGAAAAUAAUUUACCUGUAGAGUGUAAAGAGGCGUUAGUUGAAGAUAAAAACUUGCAAGAAGUUGAGAUUUCAGCAGAACCUAUGCCACACGAAGAUUGA